AAACCAUACACUUGUGAUCAGUGCGGGAAGAGUUUCUCACGAUCAUCAAGCCUUAAGGAGCACAUGAAGAUCCACACUGGAGAGAAACCGUUCACUUGUGAUCAGUGCGGGAAGAGUUUCUCACUAUCAUCAAACCUUAAGAUACACAUGAACAUCCACACUGGAGAGAAACUGUUCACUUGUGAUCAGUGCGGGAAGAGUUUCGCACUAAAAGGACUACUUACAGUACAUAUGAGAGUUCAUACUGGAGAGAAACCGUUUACUUGUAAUCAGUGCGGGAAGAGUUUCGCACAAUUAGCACAUCUUAAUGCACACAUAAAUGUUCACACUAGAGAGAACCUGUAUGCAUGUGAUCAAUGUGACAAAGUGUUUUUGAGACCUUCACACCUAAAGCAGCACCUGAGAGUUCAUACAAAGGAGAAGCCACAUUCAUGUUAUUUGUGUGGAAAUAAUUUUUCACGUCUACAACAUUUGAAAGAGCAUCAGAAAAUACAUACUGGUGUGAGAGAGUACAUGUGCUUUGAGUGUGAAAAGACUUUUACUACAGCGCAGUGUUUAAAACUGCAUGAGAGGAUUCACACUGGAGAG